UAGGCAGAGGAGAUGGAGAUUGCAAAUAGCACAGUGGUGAAAGAAUUCAUCUUCCUUGGUCUGACUCAGUCUAGAAAUACUCAACUCCUGGUCUUUGUGCUCAUCUUGAUUUUCUACCUCAUCAUCCUCCCUGGGAAUUUCCUCAUCAUUCUAACCAUCAGAUUAGACCCUGGCCUCUCAGCACCCCUCUACUUCUUUCUGGGAAACCUGGCCUUUAUCGAUGUAUCCUAUGCCUUCAUUGUGGCUCCCAGGAUGCUGGCAGACUUCCUCUCUGAGAAGAAGGUCAUCUCCUACAAGGGCUGCAUCACUCAGCUCUUUUUCUUGCACUUUGUUGGAGGAGGUGAGGGGUUGCUUCUUGUUGUAAUGGCUUUUGACCGCUACAUUGCCAUCUGUCGUCCUUUACACUAUUCAGCUGUCAUGAACCCUAGAGCCUGCCACACCUUUCUGUUGGCUCUGUGGCUUGGAGGCUUUGUUCACUCCAUCAUCCAGGUGGCCCUCAUCCUCCACUUGCCCUUCUGUGGUCCAAACCAGCUGGAUAACUUCUUCUGUGAUGUGCCACAGGUCAUCAAACUGGCCUGCACAGACACCUUUGUGGUGGAGCUCCUGAUGGUCUUCAACAGUGGCCUGCUCAUUCUCCUGUGCUUCCUGGGACUUUUGUCUUCCUAUGCAGUCAUUUUCUGUCAUGUACGUGGGUCAUCUUCUGAGGGGAAGAACAAGGCCCUGUCCACAUGUACCACCCAUGUCAUUAUUAUACUGAUCAUGUUUGGACCUGCCAUCUUCAUCUAUACUCGCCCCUUUAGGGCCUUACCAGUGGACAAGGUGGUUUCCUUUUUCCACACAGUGAUCUUACCUUUGUGGAAUCCUGUGAUUUAUACUCUUCGAAACCAGGAAGUAAAAUGUGCUAUGAGGAGAUUAUUGAGAUGGCAUGUAGUAUGCUGAAUGGAUUUUACAAGUUAAGAUGGGGAACGUUGGCUGCUAGUCAUUAACAAAUAUGGUUUUUCAUUGAUUUCCUUUCAUUUGUCAGGCAUUAUUGUAGGCAAUGAGGGACAGUUAUGCAUAACUAGAGAAAAAACUUAAUGUAUUUAAAUUAUCUCAAGGAAAUACUAGACUGGUUGAUAUAGAAUGGGUAAUUCAGGGGUUACAUUUUACCUGACUAUAGUGGUUGAAUCACUAAGGUCUUUUCGCCUAAGAUAAGAAGUUUUAUUCUGUCACCCCAAUAAAUACAAUAAAAAUAAAUUUUAAAAGAAGUUUUUUCUAUUCUAAUUAUAAUAAGAGUUUAUUUAAGCAAGAAAUUCACUCAUUUACAAUUGUUUUUUCUAUGGUUUAGAGUAAUAGCAUCAGAUUCUGGGCAGAGAUCAAUAGCUGCAAAACAUCAGUAAGACCAAAAUGUUAUAUGCUGACCUAUAUGUAUAUAUACAUGUAUAUAUUUUACUCCCUUGCCCAAAUUUGGUAGAGGGAUAAGAAUGGAAGAUUAAUGAUUUUAUAGAAAAAUAUGAUGAAUUUAUUUUAUUGAUCUUUUUCAGAACUGUGAUUACU